AUGCGCUCUAGCAACAAGAGCUAUCACAACAUCAGCGAGUCGGGCCAUGAGAAGAGAGAGGGCACGCCGUGGUACUGGCGCCUUAUAGCCCUGGCUGCGUCAUGGAUGAUACUCGGAGGCUACCUCAUACUGCCCGGCCUCUACAGAGAAACAUACGAGCUCAAGUUCAGCCGAGCAGUCCUGUCUGUCUUUGUUGUCGCGCUCCUUACAGCCGGCUACUCUUUCACAGCACUGCUCUGCUUCGCCUGUCGCAAUGAGCGCUUCCAAGCCGACGGCGUCUUCCUACCUGCGCUCACAUCUUCCGCACUCGGCCUUAUCUCGAUAGCCUACAACUUCGUCUCCUCGCCCAACUAUCACUGGGGAAAUGCCGCCAUAAGCGGCACCGUGAUCAGCGCCGCCGGAACAAUCCUCUACAGUUCCCUCCUCCUCUGGACAUACCGCCGCAUAGUCAAAUCGAAGCGACAAACCGACACACGCCAGAACCUCUGGUCCGAUCAAAACUACUACAACAACUUCAUCCCAAACAUGUACCCCACCGCCAUGCGCUCGCCCUCGCAGCCACCCGCCGCCCUAUACUCCGAAGACGACCGCGUGAACCAGCAAAUGGCUCUCCUCCUCAAAUCAGGAGACCCGCGACCGAGUCCUGACAUAAACACCACAUUCAGAAUAGACCUGCCCGAAGAUAGGGAACAACAGGCAAGGCACCAGCACAGUCAGGAGUUGGUGGGCACACCCGCACAAACACAUGGCGAUUGGGGCCGCGACCGAUCAGACAGCAGACCGGAUAGUCUCAGCGAACAAUGGACACAAUAUGGCCGCGGACGAAGCGAGAAUCGCCCUUCCAGUACAGAGGGACGAGGCAGUCACUCGCGCAACCUCAGCCGGGAAGAGCGGAGGCGCGAGAUCGAACUUGGUCAAAUACGCGUAUGA